AUGACAUCUUUUAUGAUCACCCUCCAAGAUUUGAAACCGUCGUUCGCUUACCAGAAGCAACCUGGUCAGCCUCCAACCAGCUACCAAUCUCUGCCGCCUACACACUUGUUUUUAAAUCUCUAUCCUUUCGACAUUAACGUCGGUGAGAUAGCUCAGUCGGUGUACAAGCACUUUUUCGCGUUAUUAACGCGCUGUGACCUGGUUCAAACACUAUAUCUUCGGAACUCAAAGACUGUCAUACGCACGAGAGAUGAUGCGGUGCUCGCACGUGUAUACCAACCAUAUGUUACUUCGUGUGGUGUGGAGGUUAUAGGCAUUGUGGCACCAAAGUUCAGUUAUAAUUACAGCUCUUUAAGCAGUUCUGCCUAUGGUAAAGAUGUAUAA